GUAAGAGUCGACAUACCACAACGUGUUCGUCAACACGACACACAUACGAUGCUGGACUUUACACUGCCUCCAUUGUCCAGCUACCUCCGAAACUCGACGGUGGCACCAUCCGAGGGUUUGUCGGCGACCACCACGCCAAGGUUUGCGUACAUUCCUUUGCUCUUGAAUCCUGUGGAAGAGAAGCAGCUGCAGCACUAUGACAACAACAAUACGCGUGCUGCGUCACCACCCACGUUAAUGGACACGUUGGCAUUUGAACUGCCCCCGCACAAACGAAAGCGGUGUCAAGACGCCGACCCUGGCGCCCAUGACCGCAGCCCUGCCAGCCAACCCAUUUGCAACGUGCAUGGGUGCAGCAAACUCGUGACGAGGGAAGGUGUAUGUACGUCCCACGGAGGGCGGUACUUUUGCAUUGUCGCAGGGUGCCCCAAGCAGCGACUGAAGAAAGGACUGUGCUUUGCCCACGGGGGGGUGUCGUAUUGCAAGGUUCCCGGGUGCGAUAAGACGCGACAGAAGCGCGGGUUGUGCAAAACCCACGGUGGCGUUGCGUACUGCAAAGUCGACGGGUGUACGAAUGCCAGCAACUCCAAGGGAUUGUGUCGGGACCACGGCGGUAUCAAGUACUGCCGCACGGAAGGCUGUCAGAAUCUAAUGCUGCGAGAAGGACUGUGUCGGCUCCACGGGGGGUUUGAAUACUGCAAGGCACCAUAUUGCAGCAGAAUCGCCAUCGAAGGAGGGCAUUGCCGAACGCAUACUAUAAGCCCCAAUUAAUAGUUCGUACACAAGGAUGAAUGCAUCUAUAAGUCCAAAUUAACAGUUCG